AUGUCGUUCGACGCCAUCACCCGGCAAGCGCCCAACCUUGUGGCACGUCAUGCUCAAAACUUCUCCGAGGCUGCGGUACUGCAGCCGCACUGGGGCUAUCUCGACCGAGCGCUGCCCUGUUCUAGUGGCGCUGCCGUGUGCGCGUAUCUCGAUCUCGUUUACAGCGCCCACGACAGAGGCAUGAUCUACGCCGCCGUCUUUUGGCUACUCAUCUUCGCCAUCCUGUUCAUUUGGGCUAUUGCUAGGUGGUGUCGCCGAUCUCUCCAGGGUGCCCCCAUCCCAAAGGCCGAUAAAGAGCAGGCGGGCGACAGUGUCGCGUCUCCACAGUCCACCUUCCAGAAAGCGUCCAAGGCCACCACGGCCGCAUUCCGAUCUUACCUUUUGCCCAACUGCAAAGGCGUCUACUUCUUCAAUAGGGUGACAAGGACACAAGUCGUCGUGCUGGCUAUCAUCUCUGCGUACAUGCUCAUCUUCUCCUUUGUUGGGAUGACGUAUCGCUCAUGGUCGGUUCCCACCAAGGGCAGCAGCAAGAACACCAUCCGAUCCACUCUGGGACCUUUCGCAGAUCGCGUAGGUGUGCUGGCGUUCGCGCUUACGCCGUUGUCGAUCCUGCUGGCUAGUCGCGAGUCGCUGCUCUCCGUCUGCACGGGCUUGCCGUACCACCAUUUCAACUUCCUCCAUCGCUGGGUCGGGCACAUCAUCUUUGCUCAGUCGGCCAUCCACACCAUCGGUUGGUGCAUCAUCGAAAUCAGGCUCUACCAGCCACAGCCAGCCAAAGCGCUGCAACUGGUCCAGGAGACGUACCUCAUCUGGGGUAUCGUGGCAAUGACGGCACUUCUGGCACUCUGGGUGCUCUCCACACCCUGGUGUCGCCGCCGACUUGGAUACGAGUUCUUCCGCAAGGCGCAUUAUGUGCUCGCCAUGCUCUUCAUCGGUGCAUGCUGGGGCCACUGGCAACACCUCAAGGUCUUUUUGUUGCCAUCUUUGCUCCUGUGGGGUGUCGAUCGCGCACUUCGGCUGCUGAGGACUGCUUGCAUCCAUUACGGCGUGCUCCAAGACGGAUCGGUCGGAUUCAGCACCAUUCGCAGCUCAUUCCAAGUCUUCGACGAUGCACAGCAUGGCGAUGUGGUGAGACUCGACUUCGAGAUUCCACACAGUGGCGAUGGGUGGAAGGUCGGGCAGCACUUUUUCCUCACCUUCACAGAGACGAGCAUCUGGCAGUCGCAUCCCUUCACACCUCUCAGCACGCCCGCGUCCGUCAACCAGCGCAUCAAGCAUUCGUACCUCAUCCGAGCAAAGGGAGGCGAGACCAAGAAGCUGGCAGCAAAGCUGCGGCUCAAGGCUGCAGGUACCGAUUCGACAGGUGUCAUCCUAUCGGGGCCGUACGGUGGCGAGGUGCUCGACACCAAGCAGCUGACGGCAGCUAACGUCCUAUGCGUCUCGGGUGGAACUGGCGUCACGUUCACCCUACCUGUUCUGACCGCCAUUUCUCGCGACCCGCUGUACGCGCACCGCAAAGUAGAGCUCAUUUGGGCAGUCAAGCGUCGUCAAGAUAUCGCUUGGAUUCAAGAUGAACUUUUGGCCUUGCUCAAGCUCGCGCCAACGAUGUCGGUGCGCAUCUUUGUCACGGGGUCCGCACAGACCAGCUCACAGUCGACAAGCCAUGGAUCGAUUGAGAAGAGCCAGUCGGAUUCUUCUUCGCUUCCAGGUGAAGACGUCUCGUCGUCGUUGGACGGGGCAGUCGACGCAAAAGGCGCUAGCAUCGAUCCAAUCCUCUUGCAGUGCAUCGCUGAUUAUGCGCGUCCUUCUCUGGAGGAUGUAAUCCCAACCUUCCUGCAAGAGACCGACAACGGCGCGACAAAGGUGUACGUCAGUGGUCCCGAUUCGAUGACGUGCCAGGCACGGUCCAUUGUGGCUGCCGCAAACUCGCCGAGCAAAGUACUCAAGGGCAACCAGUCGUGCGACGUCGAGCUUAUUACCGACGAGCGAUUCGACUGA